AUGACAGCAUUUACAAGACAAUCACAAAUGGAACGUAUCAAGAUGGGACAAUUAACAUUCGAAGUUAUCGGUAUUUUCACAAUAUUUCUACUAUCCUUGGAUUUCAAUGUAUCCGCUUAUCGACAAGAAUCUGGAAUGUGGUUUACUCGGCACCCUCAGCCUUUAGAAGCUCCUCUCUAUGACGAAGUAGACUUUGAAUGCAGUUUAAACUUAGAAGCUGAUAAAUUUGCUUGGCGUCAUCGUGCGCUGAAUUCCAAACAUUGGGGUCCUCUUAUACCAAUGCCUAAUAGCGGAGGUAAAACUUCAAAAUUUGUCGUAAACUUUGAUAAUGAAUCUAAAGCUGGAGAUUACAGAUGUAUUGCAUUUUACGGCACAAGUGGUCUUGCAUCUGAACCAGGCAGAUUGAAACUUGCAAAGAUUGAUAAAUUUACUGACAAGGAUGAUAUUGAAAUACGGAUUCCAGUUGGAAACACUGUUCCAAUAACAUGUCCGGUACCAUUUUCGUCACCGGAAGCAAUUGUUCAGUUUUAUAAAAAUAAAAUGUUACUAAAAAAUGUGAAUCUUAUUGGUGAUAAAACAAUGAUUAUUGAAAAUGCUCAGCUUUCAGAUUCCGGAAAUUAUGAUUGUACUGCUGAAAAUUAUAUUGUUACGGAAAACUACCGAAGCAAUUAUCAAACAAAAUUACAAGUUUACACAGAAAAAAAGAAUAUUAAUCCGUUCUUUAUUAAACAGCCACAAACAGAAUAUAAAGUAUUAAAAAACAGUAAUGUAAUCUUAGAAUGUUUUGGUGCGGGUUAUCCUGUACCAAAAUUAUCAUGGUCAAGACUCGCAGGGUCUUUACCUCAGUCUUCUCAAUACAAACCUUCAGGAUUAAGUAUUACAAAUUUACAACCUUCAGAUAGAGGAGAGUAUCAUUGCGUUUGGGCAAAUGAUAAUUAUAAUAUAAAAACUUCGAUAAUUUUAGAAGUUGUUGAACCUCCAAAAGUUGUUAAAGGACCUAAAGCGUCGACAUUUUCUGAAGGUGGUUAUCUCGAGUUAUUUUGCAAUGUGACUGGUGUACCUGAACCGACAAUUGAGUGGUUAAUUAAUGGCGAAACACUUGAAUCAAGUUCCACAGUAGAAAUUAGAGGUUCCAAACUAAUUAUAGAUCCAGUAGAAAAAAUACACGCAGGAAUUUUUCAAUGCGUAGCUAGUAAUGAAUAUGGUUCUCAUUCAGGAUACAAUCUUUCAAAAGUAAAUGCUAAACAGCACAUGAGUGGCAGUAACAUGAAUUCACAUCAAGGAUCACACGGACCUUCGGGUAAUUUUCAUAAACACAAUAAAGGUGGUAAUAGAAGAAAAAACAAAGAAAAUCAUCGUAAAGGAACUAAACUAGUUCCGCCAAACCCACCAGAAGUCACACGUCUCUCAGAUGUUUCCGUAAUGGUUCGGUGGACUGUACCUGAAAAAACCGGUCUUCCUAUUCAAUUUUUCAAGGUUCAAUAUCAAGAACUUGGACCGAAAGCAAAUAGCAAGCAAUCCAAGUGGAGCACUGCUAAUAUGGAAAUUCCAAAUCAUAUUAGAUCAUUUGAAGUGAUAGACUUAGUACCAGAACGUACCUAUCGAUUUAGAAUUGCCGCUGUAUAUUCUAACAAUGAUAAUCAACCUAGCGAGAAUUCAGAACGAUUUUAUUUAAAUCGUAUGUCAGGUUUUGAAAUAAAUAAAAUGCCCAUUCCAUUAUUAACAAAUACAGAAGCACUUGGACCAGACCGUGUACUUCUAAUUUGGCAGAAUCCUGAAAAAACAGUUGAUAUCGAUGGCUUUUAUGUUUAUCAUCGCGCUUCAACAUCAGCUGGAGACUAUAUUAAAACUACUGUUGAAGGAAAAAAUUCAACUAAUAUUACGAUUUCUCAUUUACAACCAGACACAAAUUAUGAAUUUAAAAUACAAAGUUUUUCUGUUGACGCUGCUUCCGAAUUUUCAAAAAUAAUUCGUCAAAAAACAUUAAAAGCAGCUCCAGAACAACCUCCAAUACAACAAAUUUUACCAGAUGGUGGACCACAAAGUACUAGAAACAGACAUAAUGGUACUUUGUAUGCAAUUAUCGGCGGUACAUUAGGAGGAGUUAUUCUUUUGGGUGCCUUGAGUGCUAUUGUAGUAAUUUACAAAAAAAGUCGAAUCAAACAAAAUCGUGAAUCUUCACAAAAUGAAGGUAAAUCUAUAGCAAAUGGUUUAGUUAUGAACGGUAGUGUGACAGAUUCUAAGAUAAACAUCACAUCGAAUCCUCUUGCUGUUCUUGACACCUCGGAUAGUACAAUUCAACCGAAGAACGGACAACAACUGUCAAUGGAAAUGACAUCAUUUACAAAUGGCCAGGUCAACAACACUAUCAAUGGAAACGAUGGUUCCCUUACAAGUUCUGCUGGAUUCAACGGAUCCAAAGCCGAUAUCACACAAUCAUCCAUGGAUUGA